AUGGGUUAUGCCCAGGUGGAGGUCCUGGCUUCAUAUCAUGGGUUCAACCUAGACGUGGAGGAGCCCACAGUUUUCCAAGAGGACGAAGCCAGCUUUGGGCACAGCAUGGCUCAAUAUGGUACUCGACUUGUGGUGGGAGCCCCUUUGGAGGUGGUGGCAGCCAACCAAACAGGACGGUUGUAUGACUGUGCAUACCACACCCGCACAUGCCAGCCCAUUGCACUGUAUGUCCCCCCAGAGGCUUUGAACAUGUCCCUGGGACUGUCCCUGACAGCCACCACCAACUCCUCCUGGCUGCUAGCCUGUGGCCCGACCUUGCACAGAGCCUGUGCAGAGAAUCUGUAUGCAAAAGGAUCCUGCCUCCUGUUGGACUCCCACCUGCAGAUCAUCCGGACAGUCCCAGCUGCCCUGCCGGAGUGUCCAAAGCAAGACAUGGACAUCGUUUUUUUGAUCGAUGGCUCCAGCAGCAUCGACAAAAGUGACUUUGACCUCAUGAAGGACUUUGUCAGAGCUGUGAUGGGCCAGUUUACCGACACCAAUGUCCUGUUCUCCCUGAUGCAGUACUCAGACCGCCUGGAGAUCCACUUCACCUUCACCCAAUUCCAGACCAGCCAGAACCCUCAGAGCCUGGUGGAUCCCGUUGUCCAACUGAAGGGCUUGACGUUCACUGCCACUGGCAUCCAGACUGCCGUGACCAAACUAUUUCAUAGUAAGAGUGGGGCCCGCAAAGGUGCCAAGAAGAUCCUCAUUGUCAUCACAGAUGGGCAGAUAUACAAAGACCCCCUGAAAUAUAGCGAUGUCAUCCCCCUGGUGGAGAGUGCAGACAUCAUCUGCUAUGCCAUUGGGGUGGGAGAUGCCUUCCAGGAACCCGCUGCCAAGGAAGAGCUGAACACCAUUGGCUCAGCACCCCCGCAAGACCACGUGUUCAUGGUGGACAACUUCGCAGCACUUGGCAGCAUCCAAAAGGAGCUUCAGGAGAAGAUCUUUGCAGUUGAGGGAACCCAGAUGAGGACAAUUAGCUCCUUCCAGCACGAGAUGUCUCAAGAAGGCUUCAGUUCAGUCCUCACAAUGGACGGACCAGUUCUUGGGGCUGUGGGGAGCUUCAGCUGGUCUGGAGGUGCCUUCCUGUACCCUCUAAAUAUGAUCCCCACCUUCAUCAACAUGUCUCAGGAGAAUGUGGACAUGAGGGACUCUUACCUGGGUUAUGCCACUGAGUUGGCCUUUCAGAAGGGGGUGCAGAGCCUCGUUCUGGGUGCCCCCCGCCACCAGCACACUGGCAAGGUUGUCAUCUUCACCCAGGCGUCAAUGCAAUGGAUACUGCAGGCUGAAGUCAUGGGGACCCAGAUUGGCUCCUACUUUGGGGCCUCCCUCUGCUCCAUGGAUGUGGACAAAGAUGGCAGCACUGACCUGGUUCUCAUUGGGGCCCCCCAUUACUAUGAGAAGACGCGGGGGGGCCAAGUGUCUGUCUGUCCCUUGCCUCAGGGGCAGGCUAAGUGGCAUUGUCAGACUGUUCUCUAUGGGGAGCAGGGCUAUCCUUGGGGCCGCUUUGGAGCAGCCAUGACAGUGGUGGGGGACAUGGACGGGGACAAGCUGACAGAUGUGGCCAUUGGGGCUCCAGGGGAGCAGGAGAACCAAGGCGCAGUCUACUUAUUUCAUGGAGCAUCAGGACGAGGCGUCAGCCCCACCCACAGCCAGCGGAUCACAGCCUCCCAGCUCUCUCCCAGGCUCCAGUAUUUUGGGCAGUCACUGAGCGGCGGUCAGGAUCUCACCAAGGACGGACUGGUAGACUUGGCUGUGGGGGCCCAGGGACACUUGCUGCUGCUUAGGAGUCGGCCUGUGCUGAAAGUAAGGGGAGCUAUAAGAUUCACCCCCGCAGAGGUAGCUAAAGUUGUGCACCAGUGCUGGGAGGAGGUGCCCACCACCCUGGAAGCUGGGAAUGCCACAGUCUGUCUUACUAUCCACAAAAGCUCCCUUGACCAGCUGGGUGAUGUCCAAAGCUUCAUCAGGUACGACCUGGCAUUGGACCCAGGUCGUCUGAUUUCUCGUGCCAUCUUUGAUGAGACCAAGAACAGGACUUUAACUCGAGGAAAAAUCCUGGGGCUAGGAGAUCACUGUGAAACUGUGAAGCUGCUUUUAUCAGACUGUAUAGAGGACUCUCUGAGCCCCAUCAUCUUGCGCCUCAACUUCUCCCUGGUGGGACAGCCCAUUGCUUCAUCUCAGAAUCUUCGUCCCGUGCUGGCUGUGGGCUCACAGGACCACUUUGCUGCUUCUCUCCCCUUUGAGAAGAACUGUGGACAAGAGCACCUCUGUGAAGGAGACCUGAGUGUCAACCUCAGCUUCUCAGGCCUGCAGACUCUAAUGGUGGGGAGCUCCCUAGAGCUCAAUGUGAUAGUGACUGUGAGGAAUGACGGUGAGGAUUCCUACAGAACUGUGAUCAACUUCUACUACCCACCAGGGCUGUCCUUUCGGCGGGUGUUAGGGACCCAGAGCCAACCUGAUCAGCGCCCUCUGCGCCUGGGAUGUGAGGCAGUGCCCCCUGGGAGUGAGGAGCUGAGAAGCACCAGCUGCAGCGUCAACCACCCCAUCUUCCGAGGAGGCAGGGAGGGAAACUUCAUAGUCACAUUCGAUGUCUCUCCCAAGGCCACCCUGGGAGACAAGCUGCUUCUGAUGGCUAACGUGAGCAGUGAGAAUAACAAACCUGCAACCAACAAGACUACCUUCUGGCUGGAGCUCCCAGUGAAAUAUGCAGUCUACACGACAGUCAGCAGGCAGGAAGAAUCCACCAAGUACUUCAACUUUUCAACUUCUGAUAAGAAGAAUAGGAAAGAGGCCAAACAUGGAUAUCAGGUAAACAACCUGAGUCAGAGAGAUUUGGCCAUCAGCAUUAAUUUCUGGGUUCCCAUCAUGCUGAACGGUGCAGCUGUGUGGGAUGUGGCUGAGGUGGCCCCUUCAAAGAGUCUCACCUGUAUGUCAGAAUUGGAACCUCCCCAACGUUCUGACUUCCUGACCAGGAUUCCAAGGAGUCUUGUGUUGGACUGCUCCAUUGCUGUCUGUCUGAGGUUCCACUGUGACAUCCCCUCCUUCAGCAUCCAGGAGGAACUUGACUUCGACCUGAAGGGCAACCUCAGCUUUGGCUGGGUCAGCCAGAUGCUACAGAAGAAGGUAUUGAUCAUAAGUGUGGCUGAAAUUACAUUUAACAGAUCCAUGUAUUCCCAGCUUCCAGGACAGGAGGCAUUUUUGAGAGCCCAGAUGGAGACAGUACUGGAAGAGUAUGAAGUCUACAAUCCUAUCCCCAUCAUAAUGGGCAGCUCUGUGGGAGGAGUUCUGCUGCUGGUUCUCAUCACAGCUACACUGUACAAGCUUGGCUUCUUCAAACGUCAAUACAAAGAAAUGCUGGAUGACAAGGCUGAAGACACUACUACAUUCAGUGGGGAGGGUUUCAGCCAUGAGACCCCAAAUUUGUCUCUAUCUUAA